AUGUCUAGUGUUCCUUAUAUAAAUAAUAUCUCAAUCAUCUGCAUAAUUAUUAUAAGUCCCGCUAUUAUAUACCCUAAAAUGUCUUAAAAUUAUUCAAUAACAAAAUUUAGAAAUCCUACCUUCAUGAAACAAUUUAUAAGACUUAUUAUAUUUUUCCCAGGUAUUUAAGCCUUUAUUAUACACAUUAUUUGUAAAAUCAAGUAGCAAAUUCCAAAAAUAUAAAAAUAAGAAAUUUAUAUGUUAACAGAUGGUCUAGCAAAUAACACCAAAGCAUAAAGCCAAGAAGAUGAAUUCUGA